AUGGCUAUAAAAGUGCGCCGUGACGGAAUCCAAUCUUCCUACCCCUUGCUACCACCCCAAUCCAGUGAAUACGAGAAGGAGAAUACAAACGUCGUCAAGUUAUUCUCCCUGCUGAAGAAAGACGAUUCCAGUCAACAGCUUUGUUACUAUCAAGCUGGAAUAGGAACUUUUUUCGCGCCAGGUGUUGUGUCACCGCUUUUUGAAUGGGUGGCCAAAAUUGCAGACGAAGCGGUAGCCUGGUAUCUCAACGAGCACGUAAUGGAUGGCUAUAGGUUUCUUAUGCAAAACUACCGCGCCGGAGACAGAAUUUGCAUGUUCGGCUUUUCUCGGGGCGCGUAUACAGCGCGUGCUUUGGCCGGUAUGCUGUACAAAGUCGGACCUCUCCCGCGAGAUAACCAGGAACAAAUCCUCUUCGCCUACAAGCUAUAUAAGCAGGACGAUGAAGCUGGUAUGGAGUUGAGCACCGGUUUCAAGCACACAUUCUGUCGCAAUGUUCAGACCGAAUUCAUGGGCGUAUGGGACACAGUGGCAAGCGUCGGCGUGGUCAUGGGAAGGACGCUCCCUUUCACAACUUCUAAUCGUGCCAUCAAGACAUUUCGCCAUGCCAUAUCACUUGAUGAGCACCGUUCCCGAUUUAGACCCAACCUCUUUCACCGAGCAUCAUCUGGCCAAGACCAAGAGUCCACAACGACAAUCAGCACAGCCUCUGGCAUUGUCAAAACCUACACCAACAAGCUGUCGUUCUACCGCUCUAAGAAAUUUGGAUUCAGCACUUUCUUUCAUCCUGAUCACUGGAGACAUUUGGACGAUGAAGACUGGAAUCCGACCGAUGUGCUGGAAGUAUGGUUUUCGGGGUGCCACAGCGAUAUCGGCGGAAACGAACUGAUGUCAGCCCCUCCGCACAGUAUCGGCAACAUACCCCUUCGCUGGAUGAUUCGUCAAGUUAUCAGCUCACAGUGUGGGACCAUAUUCGAUGAAGCAGCGCUCUCAAAGCUCGAGCUCCGGCCUAGUCUUGUAUCCCAACCGCCGAAAGCGCAUGGGGAUCCUGGAAUUGCCGACGAAAUCGAUGCGCAACAGCCUAUCCAUGACCGGCUACAAGACACCAAAAUAUGGUGGCUUCUAGAGAUCAUCCCUGUGCGAUAUUCAUGGCAAGACGCACAAGGCGUGUGGCGUAGUGAAUUCCGGUGGAAUUUGGGAAGAGGGAGAACGAUCGAAGAGACACGGCCUCAUUUCCAUCUUACAGUCAAGGAGCGUAUGGCAAACGGAUCGCUACACUAUAAGCCGAAAGCUAUCUGGAAUGGGAAUGAAGUAUACGUCGAGUGA